AUGGACGAGAAAAUGUACAGAUGCAGAAGUGAUGCGAUCAAAGUGGAGAGCGAGAAAGAUCAACGCAUUCAGAAAGGCUCGAAGAACGGUUUGCACUGGUCCGCGCUCAUUUUGUACUAAAAAACGAACGAUGUGAUUCCAGGAAGUGCAGAUUCUCGAUCGACGAAUCCGCGGCGCCGAAACCAGAGAAACACGUGUAUUUGUCGUGGAAAUUCGAGUGGGACGGGUUGAAAAAGAAAAAAGGAAUCGAAGGAUUCGAGGGAGAGAUUAUCGUAUACAAAUACGUGGGAAUGAACUAUCAGCCGGUCCGAUUCGACGUGGAAUUGACCAGAUCGGGACAGUUGAUCGAGAAGCGAAUCGGAUCGAUUCACGAGUUGAGGACCGGAAAUAACCAGUUCUGGUUCAAGUUCGAUUUCGAAUUGAGGCCGGUCCGACCGGAAGUGCACCGAAAAGAACUCGCCGAUUAUUUCAAGCCCUCCGAAUUGACCGAUGCGAUUAUUCGCGUCGAAGGGAAUGAUUUGCAUGUCAACAGAGCGGUAGGGUAGCAUUUCUUUUGAAAAAUUACUUUUAAAAAUGUUACGUAUUUCUCCUGUACACGGGCCGGCAAAGUAUACGGGGCACUGGAAAUUGUGAAGCUGUAACUUUUCACAAAAACCUUCCAUUUACCUCUAACCUGGCUCAUUUUUAAGAACACAAUACAAUUGAACUCUUAUAAAAAAAGCAGCGGCCUCUAUGUCCGAUUUCUAAAAACAAUUUGAACAUGUAUGAAAACCCGGGCCGUGCUAUAAAAAACAAUUGUUGCAAAAAUGUUUCAAAAAUCACAAACAUAUUUUUUUUUUGCAGUUCCUCUCCGUGCAUUCCGAGUACUUUCGCGAGAAGUUUAUGCCCAAAUUCAAGGAAAACGCAGUGCAGACUCUUUCGGUCGAACACGUGGAAUACGAGGAUUUCGCCCGUCUUCUCGCCACCAUUUACCCGGAUCCCGUGCACCCGACUGGUAGUUCAGAUAUUCAAAAAACUAAAAAUAACACCUUUUUUCCAGUCGAGAGCUCACCGAAACUUUUGGAGCUCGCCGUCCGAUUCAUGAUGCCGAUGGUGACUCGUUUGGUCGAACAGUUCCUGAUCCGAAACGAGGAAAUGGAGAUGAGCGAGAAAAUCGUGCUGGCCGACAAAUUUGAGCUGAAACAGUUGCUGGAUCAAUGCCUGGGCCUACUCACUUCCCAGAAAAACGUGAAAAAGUUUUGCAGAGGACCGUUCUACGAGAGUCUGUCCGAUUCGACGAAACUCAAACUUUUCGCCCAUUUGCUCUCUUUCCCAUAG